CAAGGUUAACGGCUGUUCGAUCGCUUUAGCCGCCAUGGCCCUACGGGCCUACUCUCAAACGUCGCCUGGCUCCAUUGGAAUUAUGUCAGCCCUGUUGAAUGUGUGCUGGACCGGCACGGCCCAUGCUACAUGUUCAAGGUGAGCAUCAUAUCUGCUGGCUUGGAAUGCGUGUGUCAGCAUGCAGGCCCGCGGCCAGUCUCAUGUGCUUCACAGCUGUUCCCCGGUGGUCUCCCGAGGGCGAUGCCGGCCGGAUGGCGAAGUGAGUUGGGUGGUCGUGCUGUCGUCCCGAGCACCGUCGUCCGGCUUCCCUCUGCCCGCGCGUGUGACUUGCCCUUUUUGGAAAUGGCAACGGCGUGUCAGGACACUGCCGCCGCCAUCUUCACGGCAACCUGCUCUAUGCCGGAACCUGGCGUUUCGCGACGGAAAAGCGUUGUCCAGUGGCUGUCGCAGGUCGAUCCCUUGGAUGGUGUUCCUCCUGUUGAAUCCUACGCUGCGAUACAUCCGAACCCGUAUCAGUCCUCACAUGCCUUGGAAUGCCACGUUCCAGCUAGACAGUCGGAUGAUAUGACAUUGCGGGGUGGCCGAGGGAACACUACGCGACUCGGCGAGACAAGAUCUCACUCAAGAGAAACUCAGCGUUUUGCUUUUCCCGCUCCGCACAGCCCGGGUCAACACAGUCCCACAAGGACGGCCGUCGGCGAUACUACCGAGCUACCUCUCCCUGAAAAGACAUACGAGAAGAAGCCUAGAAGAAAAACGCGAAAAGAUCGAUACGAUCCCAAAGAUGCAGCAAAAACCCACAAGGCAGCUAAAUUUGCUGAAAACACCACGUCCAGCAGACCCGAAAAGACGAAGUGUAAACGCGGAAAGAAACUUCUUGAGGAUCAGUUUGUUGCACCGAAUGUGUCGCAACAGCGCAUCACGCUUGGCUCAAGCUUUGAUAUGGGAUUGUUUGCACGCGGACGUGCUUCUUCACCAGUAAGACGAUGCGAACUACCCGACCUUGCAUUUUCAGAGAUGAGAUUUUUAUCUCGUCAUCGCAGGCAGCACCAGCCCCUUAACACUGUUGAUGAAAGCAAAGGUAACGCAUCGAUCAGGCCCCCAAUUGUUGAGAUAUCAGAAUAUUUCUCUCGCCCGCAGUCCACGGGAAAGCCUGCUAAAAGUUGUUCUUCCGCUAUUCUGCAGCAAAGGCCAGAACCUUUGAAAUGCGGAGACGUAUCAAAUUUCGCUAAACAAGCCAGUGUCUCUAAGGAUGAUUCACCUGCGCCGCUAGGAGAUUUAUGCCAUGGUUUGGAAACGAAAGAUUCACACAGCGUGAAGCGGGCAAGGCGGUCCACAACUUAUUAUACUUGGUCCGACACUAAUGCUAAGGAUAGCCCGAAGAGUGACAUCAAAACUGGGGGUGAUGAACUACACGGUACCACACAUCAAAUUUCUGCCCGAGAUGUGGCUUCCCGACAGGAUUUUUGGACGAAAAUAUCAUCCGCCGAAGAUGAUUCUGGACAUGAUCCGUGCAUUAUAUCGAAAGUCUAUGACAUGGUUUUCAAAAACGCCUACUUAGGCCAGCCGUACGAGAUGCCAGCAUCAUCCGGUUCACAAAUCUACACAUUAGAGGAAUUGCAAUCGUUAGCAAGCCGACAUCUUUCCUCCGCCCCCAUAUCAAAACAAGGUGAUAGAUAUAUUUCGGAAGCAGAUCAAGUACAAACCAAAACCGACGACUACCCUGACAAACCGGGAAUUAUCCCCAGUGGGUACCAGGGCAUUUAUUGUCAAGGAGAAAAUUCUAUAACGGGAACCGCCUGCCCCAAGGACCGGUUUGCGAGGACUGUGCGGAGUUUAAAGGGGCUAGAGGUGGAAAAAGAGCCCCCAGGUCUGGCCUCCCACCAAGAUCUUUUCCUUUGCCAUAAUGAGCCUACAUUUCUAUUUGACAGUCAUGAUAGAGGAGCGUCCACUCCGAAGCAUGAGUAUCCGAAAUUCUCUAUUGGACUUACUGAAAAGUGCCCCGGAGGAAUCCGACAUGGGUACUCGCGUCCUGAUCGGAAAGGCACCCUGGAACGUAAGUCGUAUAGUCCAUCAGCGUCCGGGACGUGGAUGGCCCAAAUAAAUGUCGUUCCUGAUACGAGACUCGACCACGGCGACUUGAAUGCACAGAACGAAGAUCCCAACCUGACAACUUUCUCAGGACGCGCGUUGCUCGAUUUAGCGGAUACGGAUAUAGAUACUUUGCUACCCCUGGAUUUUAGAGCGUUCGGUGGACCGGCGUUGGCUGGAAAAUGUACUCCCAAAAUGUUGAACACUCUCGAGGAACCCAAAGGCCCUUCCGACCCAUACCCAUAUGUGCACCGGCAUAGCAAUAUUAGCCCUGGGUAUGGAUUACCAAGCUCUCCAGCUGGCAACGCGCCGUCGUCAUCCUCGCUUUUUCAUUAUCCCCGACGUGUGCUCAGUCAAACCCAACAAACUCCUGUUCAUAUCGAUCCGAUCCCAGAUUUAUCUCUAUUCUGGCGUCCAAACAAGCUAUACUAG